UAUAUAUAUAUAUAUCCAAGAACAUGUCUCAGACAAAACCUGGUUAUUAUGAUGAUCGUGACUGUGAUGGUGAUGGAAUUUCUCUUGGUGCCACCUUACUCUUCACCGGCACCGGCGCCGGCACCACCACCACCUCUUUUUCUGGAAAAUAUGCUCGUUUCUGGCGUCGAUCCAGGCUUGUUGUUGGCAUUUUCAUUUCUCUCAAGAAAAAGCCUCUUGAUCAUCAAUCACCGGUGCCGUCACCUUCAUCCUCAAUUCCUUAUGUCCCACCACUGCCUCCUCUCUCCUCUGACCAGCUUCCUAGAACAUCCUCUAGUCAGUCUCGACAUACCAUUGACAUCCAUUCUGAUAAUGAAGAGGGAGAGGUAGAUGAUGAACAGUUACUUCGAGAAUCUAUCGCUCGAAUUGUGAAGGAAAAAGACUUGGAGUCACUGAAACAAUUUGGUGGCGUUAAAAGAAUUGCUUCAAUUCUUACUUCGAAUUCAGAGGCUGGAAUCCAUGGAGGGCAAUUACACGAAACUAACCCAGUUUGGGGAAAGAUCUUCAUCUACAAUUUCCUGAAAGCUUGCUACAGCUACACUAUUUUUAUGCUCUUGAUUUCUGCUGUGUUGUCAUUUGUUAUUGAGAUAACGGAGCAAGGACCUCAAUAUGGGUGGCACGACGGGGUUGCAAUACUUAUUGCUGUGUUCCUACUUGUCACUUUCACCUCAGGUGGUAACUUUCUCCGUGAAAGAAAGCUACAGAAGCUAUGGAAGAAGAAGAACCAACAGCAAAUUGAGGUUGUAAAUGUAACAAAUGGGGAAAGCAAGUUCAUCACUGUAUCUGAUCUUGCGAUGGGUGAUUUAGUGCCUUUGAAGAAGGGAGAUACAGUUCUAGCUGAUGGUUUGUUUGUCGAUGGUGAGGCCUUGGUUGUGGAUGAGGUGAUGAAUUCCAAAGUUGAUUGUGAAACAAACCCUUUUCUCUUUUCUGGAUGGAGGGUAAUCGAAGGGCAUGGGAGCAUGCUUGUGAUAACGGUGGGUGCUAAUACAACGUCAGGUCAGAUGAUGGGUUCAGAGUUCUGGGCUCCCAAAGAGAAGACAUUUUUAAAAGAUCAAAUUGAGAAACCCAUCUCAUAUAUAGAAAAUCUCGCUCUUUUUGUCUCUAUAAUAAUUGCUUUUGUAAUUUUAGUCAGACUGUUAUGCAGGGGACAACACGAAAAUGAUGACAUUUUACCUGAACUGAAGGGAAAUUCCUCAUUAGAUGUGCUAAUGAAGAUCUUUGAGAGUAUUUUCAUUAGGCCUAGGGGAAGGGUUCGCAUUCUGACUGGUGUUCUUACAGCAAUAGUAAUAGGAAUCCAACAGGGAAUGCCUUUUGUAAUUACAGUCUCCCUUUCAUUCUGGGAUGAGAAGGUGGAAUUGUAUCAGGUUAAGCCUCAGAAUUUAUCGGCUUGUGCCACCAUGGGCCUUGCUACUGUCAUCUGCAUCGACGCAACAGGUGGCCUAAUGUGUAACCAGAUGGAGGUUGAUAGAUUUUUCAUUGGCGAAGAAGAUAUGAAAAAUGAUGUACAGUCUGAGACUGGCCAAGUUGUUCUUGAAUCUCUUCGCCAAGGCAUUGCUGUAUCCAUUGUUCCUGAGAUUUUUGUAACCCCGACAAGUCAUUCGAUUGCUACUUGGGCAAAGUCCAGGUGGGAUAUAAAUGUGGAGUCGUUAGGCCAAUGCUCCUCUGUUCUUGAACAUGUAAGAUUGGGAUCUAACAACAACAUUAGUAGGGAUGUGAUAAAGAAAAUUGGAGAUAAUGAGGAAAUCCAGCAUUUGCACUUGAACGGAGAUGCAUCAACUGUAUUGAGCUUUUGUUCUCAUUACUAUGAUAACAUGGGGGAAAUUCGUGAUGUAGAAAAUUUGAGAGUACAUUUUAAGCAAAUGAUUGAACAAAUGGAGAAUAAUGGUCUUACAGUUGUUGCAUUUGCUUGUAAACAAAUAGAGACUCCAGAAUUUAGUGAAGUGGGGUCGCGCUUGCUGGCAAUAGCGGGCCUCAAAUACUCUUGGCAUGAAAUAGUACAAGUUCUUCAGAAUGAUGGAGUGAGCAUCAAAUUGGUAUCAAAGGAUAAGCUCUCAGCAGUAAGAGAAAUAGCUCACAAGCGUGGUAUCCUUCCAGCACCUGGCUCAAAUGAUGUGCAGCUUGAAGGUGAACAAAUUCGAGACCCAACAGACCAUGAAAGAAUCAAGAAGAUAGAAGAGGCCACUGUAAUGGGAAGUUGCCUAUCCGAGGACAUGCUGCUUGUAGUUCAGAGUUUGCAAGAAGGGGGCCAUGUGGUUGCAUUCUUAGGAGGGUUAACAAGUAGUGAAGCUCCAACUUUAAAAAAAGCUGAUAUAGGGAUCACGAAGGGUAGUCAAUGCACAGAAUUAGCCAGAGAGAGCUGUGACAUUGUUAUUUCAGAUGAUCGUUCAAUACCUGAGGUUCUGAAAUUGGGUAGAUGUGCUUACUACAAUAUUCAAAAGUUUAUUCAACUCCAGCUAACCACUUGCAUUUCUGGGUCACUGAUAAACCUUGUUGCUGCAUUUUCUUUUUGGGAAUCUCCAAUAACAGCAAUCCAGUUGAUUUGGUUGAGUUCCAUCAUUUGUCUAUUGGGAGGUCUAAUGAUGUUAAUGGAGUUGAGAAGUCAUGAGCUGAUGGCUAAUCCACCAGCUAAGAGAACCAAGCCACUGAUAACCAAAGGCAUAUGGAUAGUAACAGCAAGUCAAGUCUUGUCCCAAACUUCUAUUUUGCUUAACUUGCAUUUAGUUGGGAAAGCUAUACAUAGCAUGGAUGAAGAAGUUUGGAAGUCACUGGUUUUCAAUGGCUUUGUGCUGUGCCAGAUAUUCAAUCUGUUGAAAGCUAUGGGAAUUCUGAGGAAAGAAACAUUAAAAGCUCUCCUUCACCACCGCUGGUUUGUGCCGGCUUUGGGGGCAGUGAUGAUUCUGCAGGUGCUCAUCGUUGAGUAUGCAGGAAGUCUAGCCGGUUGCGAGAGGUUGAAUGUGGUGCAUUGGGCUAUAAGUUUCAUUAUUGCUCCACUUUCGUGGGGUUUUGGAAGUGCUUUGGAAUUUGUUUCAACCUCCAUUUCAAAAGGGUUUGUCAGAUCAGAUGGUUCUCAUCCUGGGUUCUCGAGGGGGUGGCCUCUGUCACCUUCAUUGGUGAGCAUUUCACUUUCCAUAUGUUUAUAUUCUCUAUCCUAUUAUUUUUACCCGGAUAAUGCCCAGGCCUUUCGUCGCCUAUAGAGAUUGGCUUUAUCCAACUGUAAAUACAAUAAGCCUCUUGUGCAUUUGCACCAAAUAAUUUGUUUAGCCUGUAACUCUUACUUAUUUGGGAAUUAAUGUUUGAUCAUUUUUACACAGAGUCAAUAAACAAAUGCUCAUAUUUAUACCA